AUGGAUACAAGUUACAGGAGGCCUCCAUUAGCCAAAGAUUCCCAUACUCUGAAAGGUAUUUUUAAUGAAGCCACAGAAGGGAAGGUCUCAUUUCAUAAAGAAGUAUUAACAUUGUCAUUUGGUAAAGUCCCUUGCAAGGAAUGUGUGAUCCAGAAUCAUUAUAUUACAGCCCCUUCAUUCAAAGAAGAAAAUGAAUAUCCUUUGGCAUACAUGGUGCCCAUACACAAAGAUGUCAAUACCUUUGAAAGGCUCUUCAGGGCAGUGUACAUGCCCCAAAAUGUUUGCUGUUUUCAUGUGGAUGAAAAAGCCCCAACUAAAUUUAAAGAUGCUGUGAGGAAAUUGGUGAGCUGCUUCCCCAAUGCUUUCCUUGCCUCCAAGAUGGAGUCAGUUGUCUAUGGUGGAAUAUCCAGGCUCCAGGCUGACCUGAACUGCAUGAAAGACCUUGUACCCCUGAAGCAUAAAUGGAAGUAUAUAAUCAGCACAAUCAACACCUGUGGGUAGGAUUUCCCACUGAAAACCAACAAAGAAAUAGUUAACUAUCUGAAACAAUUCAAAGGAAAAAAUAUUACCCCAAGUGUCCCAAGGCCGUGGGAUCAUAUUGAGAGGUUAAAGUAUAUACACAAAGAACAUAAAAGUGAACAAGGCUCUUACAUGAAGAGGACCCACAUUUUAAAGUCUUUUCUUUCCCAAAAGCCAGCAGUCUACUUUGGUUCUGCCUAUGUUGUCCUCACAAGCAAGCUUGUUGAUUUUGUUCUUGGGAGUGACCUAGCCACAGGUUUGCUCCAGUGGUCUAAGUAUGCUUAUAGUCCAGGUGAAUAUUUCUGGAUGACACUAAAUAAGAUUCCCGAUGUCCCUGGAUUCAUGCCAGAAGAAGCAGGGGAAGGCAGCCUCUGGGCUAUAAAGUGGAAUUUCCAAGAAAACUAUGAGAAAGGCUGAAAUGGAACAUGACUGUAUCAUCCUUUUGACUGGAGUGAUGGGACUGGUUGCUAAGAUCUUCACUUUUUGGAUAUUCAGUUUCAGUUAAAAAAGAAAAGCAAAGAAACAAGACACCCAGACUGAUCAUAUCAAGUAGCAUGGAGAGUAACGGGAAUUGUGCAGUCACUUGCAACAACAGUGUUAUCUUCCUCUUGAAGGAAAAGGUAAAGUGACUUCAAGGAAUGCACCUCCUCACUCCAAGCUGGUAGGGCAAUGCAGCACUGCUAGAGGUGUGUCAGUAAGAUUAAAAAUGACCUGAGGUAGUAUAUGUGAGACUUGACCCUUCUCAGGAGGUUGGAAAGUAGAAGAAUGUUACACAGGGAAAAAAGAGAAGGAAACGGAGAGCUGAACCCAGAGCUCAAAAACAGAUUUGAGGCUUUUCUGCAAAGAGGAGAAAACCGGGUGAUCAGUUAAGAAAGCAGGUGCUUGUUGGCUAAUGAAGGAUAUCAUAGAAGCUAUCAGCUGAGUGAUCAUUCAGUAGGGGGUCUGAGAAAGAAGCUGAGAGUAAUAACAGUCACUGAUGAUUUCCUGCUCAGAGGUCCUGGGGCAGCUAUUUCUUGACCUGACAAACACAAUAGAGGUCUGUUGUCUUCCUGGGGCAAGUAUCCAAGACAUCACAGUAACCUUGCUCUGACUGAUCAAAAUGGAUAACAACUACCCACUUCUAGUGAUUCACAGGGUUACAAAUGGUACAGCCAAAAGGAACCUAAAGAAUAUUGCCAAAGAUCAUGAAAGCCUUGAGCAAGAAAUGGAAGAUCCUAAAGGCACAGGCCAUGUUUCCUCACUCUCACACAUUCAAGACAAGUGAUGCACAGGAUAAAAUUUGAUUUUGAAUGGGAAAAACUGAUUAAAAAUACAGUAUUUGAGAAUGGGAUUUGGACUUUGGGACCACAAUUUAAAAUAUAGGCAUGACAGAUUCCUGGCAAAAAAACAGAGUAUACCUAACAAAGACACAGGAGUGAUGGAGUUACUUGAUCAAAGACAGACAAAGCUGAACUGAAAAAUGGAAGUUACUGAAGACAACAUAUGAAAACAAUUCUGAAAAGACUAAACUUCAAAAUCUGAUCUCAUAUAUAUACAUCUACCUCUACAUAUAAACAGAACCAGAAAUAUUGGAUAGACUUCUCAGAGACUUUUUUUCAAGCUAAUUUUUUUCAAAUGAAGAUGUGUCUUCUCUUCCUCCAACUUACAUGCCCUGCAUUGAGACUCAGUGCAGAAAGACACACACACACACACCCUGUUACAAACAUGAAUAGUAUAGCAAAACACACUUCCACACUGGCCAUGUCCAAAAACAGUGUCUCAAUAUGCACUCUGACUCCAUCAGCUAUCAGGAGUUGGAAGCAUGAUAUAUGUAUAUAAACACAUAUACAACCAUGUGUGUGGACAUAAGUGUAUGUACGUAUGUAUGCAUAUAUGUGCAUGUGUGUGUGUAUCAUCUCCCACGUUAACACACAAACACAUCCAACACCUACUGAUGGUGUGUGUCACAUUUCUGUGAAUAAACUGCAGUUUACUUGUCUGCCCAUAUCAUGUCCUGCUUAUUUGGGGAGUGGCUAGUAAGGACAAUGAAAGUUCUCAUAACAAACAGCUUUGUGGAGAAGGGAUCAGGAUUGUUCUGUCUCAUUCCAAAGUGCAAACCCAGAAAUAACUGAUAGAUGUCCCAAAGGGUAAAAGAAUUUUUAAGGUAAUUUUUUUUCUAAUAAGAUCUGCUUUCUCUUCCUUCAAACUCCCUGCUCACCUCCAUGACAAACAGCUUUGUGGAGAAGGGAUCAGAACUGUUCUGUCUCAUUCCAAAGUGCAAACCCAGAAAUAAUUGAUAGA